AGAAAGAAAAUAGAAUAUCCCAAAUUUCCACUUUUUCUUUACGGUCUGUCUCUCCGUCUCUCUCUUGUUUCACAAGACAAAAAAGCGCUCUGUUCUGUAAGAAAUUAGAAUCCCCAAUUUUCAUUUCCCAGGACUCUUUACUUAUAGAGAAGGAAAAGAAAGGAAGGGAAAUUAUUUUUAUUUUCGUAUUCAUCAAAAUUUUUCUAGGGUUAGGGUUUUUGAUUGAUCUGAAAGAGGGAAGAUAUGGGUGCGGAAGGGGAUUCGAGUGAGUCACGACCCAUUGGCAAUGUAGGAGAAAAAGAAGAGGCAGUGACGGUUAAUAUCCGCUGCUCGAACGGUACAAAAUUUACGGUGAGGACCAACCUUGAAUCAACUGUUGGAUCUUUCAAAGCUCUUUUGGCUCAGAAUUGUGAUAUCCCAGCUGAUCAGCAACGAUUGAUUUAUAAAGGGCGAAUAUUGAAAGAUGACCAAACCCUUCAAAGUUAUGGUUUGCAAGCUGAUCAUACGGUCCACAUGGUCCGUGGUUCCGCCCCGUCUUCGUCUACACCUCCUUCUGCAGCUACCACAAAUGUUGCAACUCCUAAUACAACACCUGGGGUCACGCUUGGUGUUGGUUCUAACGACAAUGCUGGCCUGGGAGCAUCGUUAUUCACUGGACUCAAUCCACUCGGUAGCAAUGGAGGUUUCGGUUUGUUUGAAUCCGGACUUCCUGAAUUUGAACAAGUACAGCAACAGCUAACUCAAAAUCCUCAAGCGAUGAGGGAAAUAAUGAAUACACCUGCUAUUCAAAGUUUGAUGAAUAACCCGGAGUUAAUGCGCACUUUGAUUAUGAGCAAUCCCCAAAUGCGUGAAAUAAUUGAUCGGAACCCUGAACUUGGGCAUAUACUUAACGAUCCUAGCACUCUUCGGCAAACGUUGGAAACUGCAAGGAAUCCUGAACUCAUGCGUGAAAUGAUGCGAAAUACUGAUAGGGCCAUGAGUAAUAUUGAAUCCUCUCCUGAGGGAUUUAACAUGCUUAGGCGUAUGUAUGAAAACGUUCAGGAGCCGUUUUUGAAUGCUACGAAUAUGGCUGGAAGUAAUGUAGAUAGUCCAGGUUUGAACCCUUUCGCAGCCCUAUUGGGCAAUCAAGGUAAUUCUCAAGCUCGAGAUUCACCAAACAACACUUCUACUACUGAUUCCGAAACUACCCCAAAUACGAAUCCUCUUCCUAACCCUUGGAGCAACAAUGCUGGUGGUGGGGCAGCCCAGACCAAUACUGCUGCAAGGUCAAAUCCUGCUACGGAUGCUAGGACACCCGGUAUUGGUGGUCUAGGAGGGCUUGGGCUACCAGACAUGCCGCCCAUGCUGAAUGGAAUGCCAGAUGCUUCUCAGUUGACACAAUUGUUGCAAAACCCAGCUAUAUCAGAGAUGAUGCGUAGUGUAGCAUCUAAUCCCCAGUAUAUGAAUCAGAUUAUGAAUCUCAACCCCCAACUACAUGGAAUGUUUGACUCGAACCCUCAAUUGAGAGAAAUGAUGCAAAACCCUGAAGUACUUCGUCAGAUGUUUUCCCCUGAGACAAUGCAGCAAAUGCUAACUUUACAACAGUCGCUUCUGUCUCAGCUCAAUCGGCAGCAGUCUACUCAGGAUUCAACGCAGAGCAGUACAACUAGAGGAGCACCUGGUACUCCUAGUCUGGACUUGUUGAUGAAUAUGUUCGGUGGUCUCGGUGCCGGUAGCCUUAGUGUUCCCAACCAACCCAAUGUUCCCCCAGAAGAACUGUAUGCUACACAAUUAUCACAACUCCGAGAAAUGGGUUUCUACGACACUGAAGAGAACAUUAGAGCACUUCGUGCUACUUCUGGAAACGUCCACGCUGCAGUUGAGAGACUUCUCGGAAAUCCUGGGCAGUAAUGCCUCGAAAUAUUCUUGUAAGAUUAGUUCAUUUGGCUUGUUUGCCAUAGCCAACCACAGAUUAUCGACAUGCCUGCUGAUCCCCUUGUUCGUGCGUGUUUGGUAAGCAAGUAAAACACAUUGAUGACGAUGAUCCCGAGAACUUUAUAUCAAUAGGCUUUGUGCGUAACUUGGAUUGGAUCAUUCAAGUACUUGCAUAUGUACAUACACAUCGGAUUAUUGUUUUUUCUUUGUUAUAAGAACAUAAAAAAAGAGGCUGCUUAUGUCAUUGUGAUUUUUGUUCUCCAUUGCUUUUGGAUUUUCAAUGGAAUCUUACUGGGAAAAUUUUAUUCA